CGCUCAUCAGUUCAAGUUCAGAUACUUGGAUAACUUCAUUGAAAGAUAGUUUCAUUACUUACAUACAAUGGAUUUCUCAAAACUUCUCCUCAUAUUCAGUAUCCUUCUGGUGGCAUUUGCCGGUCAAAGUGAGUCAAAAAGUUGGUGGAAGAAAGUUUUCAAGCCAGUGGAACGUGCUGGUCAAAGGAUUCGUGAUGCGUCGAUUAAAGGCCUAGCAGUCGCACAACAGGGAGCUAAUGUUUUAUCAACCAUCCGAGGAGGACCACCAGUCGUUGCUCCGCCACCACAAGUUUAGAAAAUAACUAUGAAUGGUUUUUUUUUUUAAUAUAGAAAUGCGCUUGGUUUAAUUUUGUUCAGUUAAACAUAACAAAACUAAUCCCUCCUUACACU